UGCAAGUAUAAUCAAUUCAGAAGGAGAAAAUGAAAAUAUCAGUUUGUGUCCUUUUAUGUAUCAUAAUUUCCUAUAGUAUCUGCUCUGCAAAUUCAACUAAUUUGAAAGCCGAAAAUGACAUCCAGGAGUUAGCCAAUAGACUAGCGUUGUUAGAGCAAAUUCUCUUGCAGGAACACCAUAACGGCUAUAAUCCGAAUCAUCCACCAAUACCAUUAACCUAUGGAUUCUUAAAUAGCCGAGAUGAGAGUGUAAUCCAAAAUUUUCAACGUCGACUUCAGAUACUAGAAGAUAAACUGUUCCAGCAUGAAAAAGAUUCUGACGACAAAAACCAUUACAAUAAAAGAAUUCAGUUCUUGGAAACGGAGCUCUCAACGGUAGUAAAACAGCAAGUCAAUGAUGCCAGCCAUAUUGAAAAACUUCAGAUGAUGGUAACUGACCAACUCAACUCUAUUUCUGAACUAAAAGAGGAGAUGUUUCAUAAAAAGAAGACUGGCACUGCCACUUUACUUCCUGAUGUAAUUGGUACCAAACAGGACGAAGUCGACACCGCUGAUGAAGUAACAAAGGUUUUGAAUAAUAAAAAGACAAAAAAUGCAAUUUUUUCCAGAAGUACACACCCCAAACGUGAUCCCAGAGAAUCUAAUCUCAUCAAAAAACGACUGCCGUCACAUACCGUAACCACAACCAGUCCUCACUUACCACAUACGGCAAACAUUAUAGCAUUUUACGCUUAUAUUUCUGCAAUCACCCCCGUAAUUACUGAUCAGCGUACCUUGGUUUAUGAUGUUGUAAAAGCGAACAAUGGAAACGGUUACAACCCUACAACAGGAGUUUUCGUUGCUCCAGAAACUGGGGUUUAUGUGUUCACCUGGACAAUAAGAGAAGCCAGCAAUUGUUAUCAUUCAACUCAGUUGAUGGUAAAUGCAGCAGAAAUGGGAAUAAUUCACCUUCACUCAGUUGUAGAUGGUGACUUUUCAGCGACUGGAAUCGUGGUCACCCAUGUUAAUGCAGGAGAUGAUGUCUAUGUUAGGACGCAUGAAUCAUGGAAUCAUUGCUUUAUCGUCAGCAAUGAUGCAGGAAAAUCGUCAUUUGCUGGGUGGAAAUUGUCUUAAUGACUACAAAUGAUUAAAAAAAAAAAGAAAGAUGAUUCUUGUUUAAAAAGAAAUGUUUUGUGUUCUCAACAAAAACGUUGUGUUCAGAAUUUAUGUUUGUGUGUUAAACUACCUGAUUGUCGCACAAUGAAAAAAAAAAUAAGCGACUUGUCAAGGUCCCAUAUAAACACUAAUGCUUUCCUGACACGAUGCAACCAAAACAGGAUGAUGGGUAUAGACAGACAUGGGCACUUAAAUUAAAGAUACCCGAUAUUUUGACGAUAAAAACAGGUUCACAUUGGAUAAAAAUUGUCUCCUCUUUUAAGAUAUGACAAAAUAAAAAUGUCACAUUUUC